AUGGCAAACGAGAUUAGCCAAGAAAACGUUGACAAGAAAGCGUCAAACGAUUGGCUUACCUCAGGCCAAAUGUUCCCUGAGACUGAGGGAUUCCUUGUAGCUAUACAGGACCAGGUCAUCCCUACCAACAAUUACAAGAGGUUCAUACUUAAGAACUUGCAACAGUCUGAUAAAUGCAGGUACGGCUGUCAGGACUCCGAAACACACACAAAACAGCAAAGUAGCAGCAGCAGUACUCCAUACAACAGGAUUGUCCAAGAACUGGGAAUGUGCGACACCUUAUGUGAAUGGAUGUCAACACGAUUUUCUAUUAAUCUUCUUUUUACUUUGUGA